AUGCCACCAAAACCGCUUCAAUCUCAUCAAAACUUGGUGGAGCAGGAAGGGAGGAUCCAGCUCGCGAUACAAACCUUUGAAAAACGCGGAAUUCAAAGUAUUCGUCGAGCGGCGGCUGUUUUUAACGUGCCUUAUUCAACACCUCGGGAUCGAUUAAUGGGACACUCAUUUCAACCAGAACUUCGCAACCACAUGCAUCGGCUCUCUGAAACUCAGCAAGAAUCUUCAAUAAAAUGGAUUGAAGCAAGAGAUAAGCGUGGAGUUACUCCUAGGCCUUCACAUUUGCAGCAAAUGGCCAACAUAAUCCUCCAAGAAGAGUCAAAGACCCCACUUCAACCUAUUGGAAAGAACUGGGUCACACAAUUUAUUCGACGCCAUGAUAGUCUCAAAUGCCGCUUCGCUCGACGAUACAACUACCAGAGGGCGCUCUGCGAGGAUCCAAAGGUUAUUGGGGACUGGUUCAAACGUUUAAAAGAGGUUCAAGACGAGCACGGCAUUCAGGACGAGGAUAUUUACAAUUUUGAUGAGACAGGCUUCGCUAUGGGUCUUAUUGCAACUACUAAGGUAGUUACACGUUCGAAUAUGCCAGGAAGGCCUCAUCUUAUUCAACCAGGUCAACGUGAAUGGGUCACCACAAUCGAAUGCAUUAGCUCCACAGGAUUCAGCGUUCCAACCUGCAUUAUCUUUAAAGGAAAGGUCUAUAUGGAAGGAUGGUUCGAAGAACUCGAUUUACCACACGAUUGGAGGAUCGAAGUAAGCGCAAAUGGGUGGACAACCGACGAGAUAGGCCUCCGGUGGCUUACGAAUUGCUUUAUUCCUGCAACAACUGCGCGGACUAAGGGGUCUUUUCGAUUAUUAGUUCUCGACGGCCAUGGGAGCGCUUUAAUCAUCCCUGCCAAGCCCUCCAAACUGCCACACAUUGCCUAA